AUGCAUUUAAAUCGCACAAAUGAGAAUAUCAUUUAGACAUUAAGAAAAGCUUCUCACUUGAGGAAUUCUAUAGAAAUAGAUGCCCUGAUUAAGUUUACUUCUUAAAUUCCAUUGUUUUAAAGCUAUAUUGAGUAGAAAUUAGAUUAGAUUCAUAAAAAAUGUUGCGAGCUAAUGAAGUUAGAGUCGUUUUCAAAAGAUUAGAUUGUCUAUCAUAUAGAUAGCUUUAGCUAAAAAUUUUUUGUUGUUCUCGAUGGUAAAGUAGGAGUAUAUACGAAGAUAAAAGAUUAAAAUGAAUAAAAUAACUCUAACGAUUCAUUGGACUAUAAAAUUAGUGAAAGGCAUAACAAAAAGAGCAAAAAAUUGUUAUAAUUUGUUAAAGAAUUAGGUCCUGGUUCAUCUUUUGGUGAAUUAGAUUUAGAGGGUGAUAAACCCAGAGAAGAAACAAUUAAAUGUCUCUCAGAUUGCAGCUUUGCUAUUUUAAACAAAAGAGAGUUUUAAACUUUAAUUAGAUAAUUUGAAGAGGAAAAGCUACUAAAGGAAAUGGGGUUUUUCGCAAAGCUGCCUAUAUUUUAAGGAUGGUAUUUUACCAAAAUUAGAGAUAUUUAUUAGUCAACUAUUAAAAUGAAACUUAAGAAAAACAGUAUUGUAUUUAAAGAAGGUUAGAUAUGUUAAUAUGUAUAUAUAAUAGCUUAAGGAGAUUUUGUCGCUAAAAUGAAAUUUGAAUAAUAUAGUGGAAUAAAUGAUAUUUUAGUUGAAGACUAGAAAUCUAUUUAUAAAAAUGAAUUUUCUUCUAAAAAAGACUUAAAAAUUUCUGUAUUGUCGUAUCCUGAAAUGUUUGGUGAAGAAGAUAUAAUAAAGCAGUAAAAUAGGAGCUACUCAGUUAUUUGUGAAAGCAGUGAAGGCUGUCUACUAGCAAUUAGUAAGGAAGAUUUUAUUAAUAAAAUCAUGAUAGACAGUAAUUCUAACUAGUUUAUCAUGCAAAGAAUGGAAAAUAAAUCGUCUAAUACUACAAACAGAGUUUAGAAUAUAGAGAAUUUGCUAUCUCAAUAUUCAAAUUUUGUUAUUGAUGAUAAAAGCAAUAAGAGUAAAGAAAGAGAAAGUUUCAGCAGCUAAGUUAAUAAUAAUCAAAGAAGAUCAACUUUUAUAACUUAUUCUUAAUCUAAUUCUUUUAUGAUCCCUGAAAAUAAGCAGAAAGAGAAUAUUCCAAUUAGAUUUCCAUCACCAAAUAAGAGUAAAAAUGAAGUCAGUGAGGAUCAAAAUGAGAUAGCUUUACCUAAAAAUGAGUAUUUUCUACAAGAAAUAUAAUAAUUUAAUUAAUUUGGAUAUAACGAAUCUUUCGAAGAAGAGAACCCAAUGAUACCUACAUCACCUAUCCGAGAUAAGAAAAAAAAAAGAACAAUAAAUUUAGAUUAGCUCUAAAGACCUGGUUCAAUACAUCUUUUAAUAGAAUAAGACAACAUAAAUAAUUAAUAGGAGUAGGUUUCUCCAAUUAACAAGCAGAGAUUAUACAAAUCAUAAAGCUAAUCAUUUAUGAAUUUAUAGCCAACUACAAAUUAAGCUACAACAGAUAAAUAUAUAUUUAAACUUAAAGAAAACUAUUAAAGCUCGUUGCAACAAAAACUAAGUGUUGAAAAAGCUUUAGAGCAACAACAGGAGAUGGUUUCUUCUAAAAAAUAAAGGUUGAGAGAAUCGUUAACUAAAGAUCCAUUAUCUGAAGGAUUUAAAAAGUAACUACAAAUAAGAUUCUUCAACUAAUUUAGAGAAACAAGUUUAAAGUCAUUAUAAGAUCAUAUUCCUCAAUAAAUAGUUUAAGAGACACCAAAAAACAUCAAUGAAAAUAGUUUGACAAAAUACAGAAUAGAUUUAAUGAAAAACAAUAAAAUAAUUAUACCAUAUUCAGGUAAAUCAGGAGUUAAAAACUAUUUAAGAGACAUGCAAAAAAAAGUUGAUGAAAAAUUAAAAAAAGAAAAUGAAAAUACUCCUCAGUCUUCUGAUAAUAAAGAGCAAGAAUUUACAAACAACAAUAAAAGAUCAAAGUCUGUCUUUUUUGAGAGAAACAAAGAUCAAUCAGUUAAUUAAAUUCAAAAUAUUAUGCUUGGAAAAAUUAUAAAUAAUUAUAUGGAGAAAACUCAACAAUCUCAAGGAAAUUAAAAUGAUUAGAGAGUUUUAAAAUUUAAAAUGACACAAAACUCAAAGUAAAAUUCCUGUUCAGAUUAAAGACCAAAUUAGAAUUAAAUUUCAAAUUAAGAUUCACUAUAAAAAAUGCAAGCAGAUUCUAGAAAAAGCUCUAUUUCAAAUAUGUCUAAUACUUAGAAGUAAAUAAAUAUAUCAACAGUAAUGGAGUUUAAAAUAAAAAAGUAAGAUAUUACUCCUCACAAAUUAGGAUCAAAAGCUACUUCAACAAGAAGCAUAUAAUCUAGUUUAUCUUAAUUCUCUCAAAUAACGCCUAUACAUAAUAUGAAUUUGAAAAUAAACUAGAGAGAUGUUAGUCCCUUAAUCAAAAGAAUUAAGUAAUCAUAAUUGCUUCCAUUAACUUAAAGCUCAAUUAUAACAAAACAAAAUUUAAUUUAAGAGUAUCAAAAGAAUAGUUAUCAUAUUUCUACUCAUAUAAAAAUACAAUAAGCACCUACAUAAACUAUCACUAAUUUAUCUUAGUCUGAAAACCAAAGUUAGUCUAACAUAAAUAAUUAGUAUUCUGUAUAAUCAUUUACAGAUUGUUUGGAAGGUGUAAGAAGUAAAUCACUUAACAAUUUAAGUAAAAUUUAAAAUAACUCGUCUGUAAAAAUGAACACUUUUGCAAAAAUAAGUCCAAAUUUAUCUCCUUCAAAAAGAAAAAAUAUAUAAUAAAUGCCUUUAUAUAAAUUUUAAAUACACCAACAAGCAAAUAACAGAUGCUAAUCAGAAAAUUAAGAUAAUAUAAAUAAUCUAGGUAAAUAAAUAAAUAUUCAAAAUAACUUUAUUAUUUCAUCAAAAGCUAAAUAUACAAAUUAAAAUUGA